CAGGAGUUGGACCAACUCUUCUUAUUCCUGAUGUAUAAAAAGUUUUGGAGCCAUGUUGAUCAGGUACUUUUUCAGAUAUGCUUGGCAUCCUAUACAAGGAAAAGAAAUACCUCAUGACCUUUGCCUUAAAGCUGCUUCUUCAAAUGGCAAUAUUGAUAUUAAGACCCAUCAAUAGCAAUCCAUUUCCAAGAAGGUAAUCUUGCUGUGCAGCGUAAUUCUGCUUUUGAGUCCAUUGGCAGUCUCUUGUGUUUGAUUUUCCAAAUUACAGAACAAUCAGGACGAAACCUCCUGGGAGCAUUUCAGCAAGCCAACAGUCCUUUCCUGUUUGAUGUUUAAAAAUCUACUGUGUCCUUUGUUCCUGAGACGUGUGAUGAGAGGUAAAAGAAAUUUAUGACUAUUUGUUUCAUCUGAGAGCAUCAUCCUUAUCAUUAUUCUCUUUAAAUAAUCUUCCAAAGCCCUUCUCAUCUUCUUUUAUGUCUUCACUGUUUCUACAUAUAAAUCAUUAUAUUCGCAAGCUGCCCUUGAAGCUUAUUUUCACAUUAACUUACAGUACUUCUACAUUCCAAUAUGUCCAUUUGAACCAAGCAUCAUCAGUUAUUCACAAAUUCUCUUCCCUCUUGCAACAAUCUUCAAAAACCAUUAUCUUGGUCAAGUCUAUCCAUGCCCAAAUCAUCACAAAUGCAGUAUCCACUGAUCAAUUUUUGGUGACUAAACUUUUAAAGGUGUACUCCCAGUUAGGCCUUUUAAGCCAUGCUUGUUAUGUGUUUGAUAAAAUUCCUCAACCAACAGUUUUUCUUUGUAACGCCCUGGUUAAUGGGUAUGUGCAAAAUGAGAAAUACAAGGAGACCCUUGAUUUGUUUCGAUCGAUGUGUUCUUUUGAUUUGGAUAUCGAUAGUUACACCUGUAAUUUUGCACUUAAAUCAUGCACGGCAUUGGGAGAUUAUGAGAUGGGUAGGGAGAUAAUUAGUAUAGCUUUUGAUAAAGGAAUAAAUGACAAUCGGUUUCUAGGGAGUUCAAUUAUUAAAUUUUUAGUGAAUUUUGGUGAUAUUGAUGAAGCCAGAAGCGUUUUUAAUGGAAUGCUUGAGAAGGAUGUUGUUUGUUGGAAUUCAAUGAUUGGUGGGUAUGUGAAGGCAUGUCAAUAUGGCAAGGCCUUUGCUAUGUUUCUCGAAAUGCGCAAGUGUAGAAUCAUGCCAAGCACUGUGACUAUGGUGAGUUUAUUUCAAGCCUGCGGAGGCAUGAGAAAUAUUGAGCUUGGAAAAUGUGUGCACAGUUGUGUGCUUGCAUUGGGAAUGGGUGAUGAUGUUUUGGUGUUAACCUCUUUGGUUGAUAUGUAUAGUAAGCUGGGUGAUAUUAUAGGUGCUCGUUCUGUUUUUGACGGCAUCACUAAAAAAAGUUUGGUUUCAUGGAAUGCAAUUAUCUCAGGAUAUGUUCAAAAUAGUUCAGUGAAUGAAUCUUUUAAGUUAUUUUGUAGAUUAGUAGCAAGUGGAGGUGGUUGCGAUUCAGGAACCAUAGUCAGCCUUCUUCAUGGUUGUGCUCAAAUAGCUGAUUUGGAAAGUGGGAAAUUUCUUCAUUGUUGUAUUUUCAGAAGAGGUCUUGAGUUGAACCCCAUUUUGAGUACUGCAAUUGUGGAUUUUUAUUUGAAAUGUGGUGCCUUAAAGCAGGCAAAAAUUGUCUUUCACGGAAUGAAAGACAGAAAUGUAAUUACCUGGACUGCUAUGCUUGUAGGGUUAGCACAGAAUGGACAUGCAGAGGAUGCCUUGAAAUUGUUUAGUCGAAUGCAAGAAGAGGAAGUUGCUGCUAAUUUAGUUACUCUUGUUAGUUUAGUGCACGCUUGUGCUCACUUGGGCUCUUUGAAGAAUGGAAAAAGUAUCCAUGCACAGUUCAUGCGGCAAGGCUUUGCUUUUGAUGCAGUUAACAUGACAGCCUUUAUCGAUAUGUAUGCCAAAUGUGGAAAGAUAAACUCUGCUGAGCAGGUAUUUAACAACGGAUUCAUAUCUAAAGAUGUUAUUUUAUGGAACUCCAUGAUAACAGGUUAUGGCAUGCAUGGUCAUGGACAUCAAGCUCUCAGCCUCUAUAGAAAAAUGAUAGAAGAGGGAAUCAGACCAAAUGAAACCUCCUUUAUUGCCCUUCUGACUGCAUGCAGUCACUCAGGGCUUGUGAAAGAGGGGAAGGCAUUGUUUUCCAGCAUGGAAAGAGAUCAUAAAAUUAGUCUUACUGAAAAGCAUUAUGCUUGCCUAGUGGAUAUUCUUAGUCGGGCAGGACAUCUUGAAGAGGCUGAGGCAUUGAUCAACCAAAUGCCCUUUACACCUAGCAGUGCUGUUUUUGAAGCAUUAUUGAGUGGAUGUCGAACUCACAAAAACAUCGAUAUGGGAAUGAAAACCGCAGAUAAACUACUCUACUUGGACGCAAUGAAUCCUGGAACUUACAUCAUGUUAUCAAACAUAUAUGCUGAAGCAAGAAGAUGGGAUGCAGUAAACUACAUCCGGGGCCGUAUGAUGAAUCGAGGAAUUAGAAAAACACCAGGAUAUAGUUUGAUUGAAGUAGAAAACCAAGUCCACUCGUUUUUUGCUGGAGAUGAUUCACAUCCAAAAUGGGCAGAAAUUUACAAGUUCUUGGAGAAUUUGAGAUUACAAGUAGAGGCCUUAGGCUAUGUGCCUGAAACUAGUUGUGUUCUUCGCAACGUCGACACGCCAAUGAAGAUUAAAUUACUGUGGAUGCACAGUGAGAGAUUGGCCAUUGCAUUUGGACUAUUAAGUACACCAGUUGGAAGCUCAAUCAGGAUUACAAAAAACCUUCGAGUUUGUGCAGACUGUCACAGUGUGACUAAAUAUAUAUCAAAGAUAGUUAAAAGAGAUAUCAUUGUAAGAGAUACUAACCGUUUCCAUCAUUUUGCAGAUGGAAACUGCUCUUGUAAUGAUUAUUGGUGAAGAGGGUUCUCCAAAAGUCUCUUUUUUCCAAGCCACAAAACCCUCAAGAAUCAAAAUGUUAGGCUGCUUAAGCAUAAAUGUGUGGUUUUCUGGUCAACAUAGAGAUAUCUUUAAGAUGAAUAUCGAUGUUGGUCAAAGCUAAGGUUGCUCAACUAGAUUGGACUUAAAUAAUUCAUUUUCCCGACAUAAAUCUGAACCCCAACUAGAACUAAUUAGCAAUUA